AGCUUCAGUCGCUGCUGCACCGUGGGAGUGCUGCAAUCGAGAGACACAGCGAGGAGACGACGUGUAACCGCCAGAGGAACGCAUGCAUGGCACCCGCGCUGGUGAUAUCGGAGUAGCGGAUCAGGGUUGGGUUUUUUUGGGGGGGUUUUUUCCUUCAUCUUUCUGACGUUCGUGCAGGUCUUGCUGGAGGCGCUUUUUCAAGUGGAGUGUGAUGAGGGAAAGCCUCGGGGACAUUAUUCUGCUGGAGGCAAGUUCAUGCUCGCGGCGCGAAAGAUCGAGAUGGGUGUUGUGCGCUGGCUGUUCCUCACGCUCCUGGGCUGGUGGCCUUCAGGGGCCACGCGGAGCACGUACCCCUGCGAUGUGCCGCUGAAAACCAUCUGCGUGCCUGGCAGCAGCAGCAGCGUGCCAGUGCCAGUGCCAGUGCCGUGCCCGAAGAUGACCGCUGACGAGAUGGUGUUCAACCUUUUCAAGGACCAACAGGUGAUCUCCAACGUGACGUGCAAUCACGAGGGCGACGCACUGAACUGCACGCCGCCGCCGCCGCACGCCACGGUGGCCGUGGAGAUGAACCGGGGGAACAUGUCGGUCUGGUUCGUCCUCGACGGAGUGACCGACGACAGCCAGGCGACCUACAGGUGCGAGGGCAACGUCAUAUAUCCGCCCCCUUGGAGGAAAGUGAGCAGUGCUCUGAGGGUCCAGGUGCUCGUCGAAGGACACAUUUGCAAGUGCAAUAAAGGCAGCGGUAACCAUGGUGACGGGCCAGGCCGUAGAUUCGACUGGAUUUGGAUGCUGGUGGUUGCACUCCUCAGCAUCUACAGCGUCGCCGUCACCAUCCUCGCCGUCGUCAACUGGGUCAGGUGGAGGAACACAGAUUCCCAGAGUGAUUAUAUGAACACCAAACCCAUAGCGCCGAGGGACCGCAGGAGAAAAAAGGGAGUUCAAAAACCAAUACCGCGACACUUCUGAUCUCUCACGCACCCUCCGAUCUUUUGCUCAGCUACUGUAUGUCCAUUGAUUAAGAUAUAAACAGAGGGGACAUCUGUGUUGUAGCUUACUCCUCCAAAAAGAACAUUAUUGGGAUUCAAGUAGUUAUUGUUUUGCUUCUACACAGCAAAUGUAGCAUGUCCAUUUACAGUUGUGGCUGUAUGAAACAAUAAAUACUUUUUUUAUUUUUUUUAAACUA